AUGGCGCAGAACCAAUUCACCUGCCGCUGGGCAGCACUCUCCCUCUCUAACAUCGCCUCCGUCUUCCUACCAGACCUGCUCCUCCCCGGGAAUCUUCUGUGUCCAUCAAACAUGAGCUCGUCUCAGUCAAACAAAAUCCCCAAUGCCGAGUCCGUCACCGUCUACCACUCUUGGGAAGAAAUGCUGGAAAAAGGAGACUUUGACGUCGUCUACAUCUCCACGCCACACCCCUUGCACUACGCCCACGUGCAAAAAGCCCUACAGUGCAAACGCAAUGUGCUCGUCGAGAAACCAGCAACGAUGAACCGCGCACAAUUCACUCAACUGUGCAAGCUAGCAAAAGAAGGAGAUGUCGUGCUCAUGGAAGCGAUGUGGACGCGCUAUCUCCCUGCUACGCUCUACUUCCAGCAUGAGCUACUUCCACGCAUCGGCGAUGUGAAACGCGUGUACGCCGAGUUCAGUUUUCCCAUCGUGUCACCGGAUUUGAGUCAUGAAAGCCGGUUCCUCAAUAAGGCGGCUGGGGCGGGAAGUUUGUUGGAUCAGGGCGUAUAUGCAUUGACGUGGGCUGAUCUCGCGCUCAAUGGCCUUGCAUCCAGUCCAGAUAAGACGCAGACUGAAGUUGUGCAUGCGCAUUCCAUGCCGGUUCCGGGUGUGUCUGGGGAUGUGGACGAUAUCAACACCGUCAUACUCAACAAAGUUAAAAUCAAGGAGAGCGGCAGCAAGCAACAGGAGGCGGUCGCUAUAGUCACGACGAGCAUGACUCUUCCUGGCUCCAGCAAACCAGCUUUCUACCAACGGCUACAGGCCACGAAAGCAGCACCGGCUGUACGUAUCGAAGCCACCAAGGCGUCAGUUUCUAUUCCCUUCCCUCCUAUCAGACCUCAGGAACUACACGUUCAGUGGUAUGACGAGGAGCAUCUGGAUGAAAAUGGUAUGGAGACGGAAGAGGUGGUCAAAAUGCCCGUGGAGAAGGGUUGGGGCAUCUGGUAUCAGGCUGAUGUUAUCGCGGAGAGAGUGGCAAGGAGAAAGGGGUGUUCUCAGGGCAUGGGCGAGGUUAUUGGCGAGGAGGAGAGUGGAAGGGUGAUUGGAUGGAUGGACCGUGCUAGAGAGAUGGCCGGCAUUGUGUAUGAUGCGGCGCUUGAGGAGGUGUGA